AUGGAAGAAUUUUUCAGGGAAAUGAAAAAAGAAUACGUUGUUCUGACAACGGAAGGAGACAAUUUAAUUGAGUCUAUUCCGAAAAUUGAAAGGUUUUCAUCUUAUAUUCGACUCAUAAGGUCAACUGCCUGGUUGUUGAGAGCUAUUCAAGUUUUCAGAGGUACCAUAAAAUCGUUCUCUGAGUUAUUACCAGAUGAAGUAGACAGAGCUGAAAAAUUAUGGUUUAAACUUGUACAGGAAGCAUGUUUCAGGGAAGAAAUUCGAAGUUUAAAGAAUAAGAAGCCUGUCGAUAAAACGAGUAGACUUUAUAAAUUAUCGCCAAUGUUGGAUAGUGAAGGAAUUGUAAGGAUAAACGGAAGAAUAGGAGAAUCAGAAGAUAUCUGUUAUGAAACAAAAUUUCCAAUCAUUCUUGAUAGAAAACAUUAUUUUACACGUCUUUUGAUCCUUCAUUAUCAUAAAAGAGCCAGUCAUCAGGGACAAGAGUUGGUUUUGAAUGAGUUACGACAGAAGUUUUGGAUUUUACAAGCUCGAGCUGCUGUCAGAAGUGCAUGGAACUCUUGCUAUAGGUGCAGGAAUUUCAGAGCGAAACCCAUAGUCCCAGAAAUGUCUCCACUCCCAAAAUGCAGGGUAAGUGCCUUUGUAAGACCUUUUACUUUUACAGGUAUGGAUUACUUUGGUCCAAUGAAUGUCACCAUUGGCCGUCGACACGAAAAACGUUACGGGGUUUUAUUUACUUGUAUGAGUAUUCGAGCCAUCCACUUGGAGAUUGCAAAUUCUCUAACUACCGACUCCACCAUUAUGGCCAUCAGAAGAAUGAUCGGACGAAGAGGUUGUCCUAAGAAAAUAUUUGCUGAUAAUGGUACGAAUCUGAAGGGAGCCGAGAGAGAAAUGAAGAAGGCGUUGCAGGAAAUGAACGAAAAUCAGAUUUUAGCCGAAAUGACCACUAAGGGAAUCGAGUGGGUAAGGAUACCACCGCUUACACCACACAUGGGAGGUUGCUGGGAAAGGAUGGUGAGAUCCGUAAAAACGGCCCUAUCAGUCACUCUCAAAGAGAGAUCGCCAAAAGAAGAAGUUUUGUCUACACUUCUCAUCGAAGCUGAAAAUAUAGUAAAUAGCAGACCCUUAGUCCACGUUCCAAUAGAUGCCGCAGAUGGAGAAGCUUUGACGCCGAACCAUUUUCUUAUAGGGACUUCAAGUGCUUCUCCACUUCCUUGCCUCUUGUCGGAAAGAGAUCUAGUUACGAGAAAGCAGUGGAAGAUAUCCCAAUAUUUUUCAGACUGUUUCUGGAAACGUUGGAUCAGGGAAUAUCUUCCAACUCUCACAAGAAGGACGAAAUGGCACAAGAAGGCGAAAAAUUUAGUCGUAGGAGACGUAGUAAUGAUAAUCGAUUGUGACUUGCCCAGGAACUGCUGGAUGAAAGGGGUGAUCGAAGCUGUUUUUGUUGGAAAGGAUGGACAAGUCAGAAGCGCCGACGUCAAAACAACACUGGGAACAUACAGAAGACCAGCUGUUAAAUUAUGUCCCCUAGAUAUUCAAUAA